AUGCAGUCCAUCCUAGUCCGUGCGGUUGGCGACGAAGAGCCAGAACUGCCGCCGGGAUCACCUCCUACAUUCAAGUUCGAGGGUCCAUGGUUUACGACACAAAUCUUGCUCUCUUCCACCAUAGGACUCUCAUCUUUCCUGAUUUUUUCGUACUGUCGAAAGCGAUGGCCAUUGUUAUUUGCACCGAGAACGAUGCUGAAGGACUUCUCCCCGCACGAGGCACAUGCUCACCAGGCGUUUUUUGGAUGGAUUGUUCCAACUAUGAAGGUCUCUGAAUAUACUGUAUUGCAAAUUGUUGGAUUGGACGCGGCACUCCUUAGCUUCUUCAAGACAUCAUUUUACCUUUUUUCGGUUUGCUCUUUAUGCGCUGUUACGGUUCUUAUGCCCAUUAAUUGGAAGCAUAAUAUCGGCGUCGGAGGAGGUGCUGACGAAGACGACAACGAUUGGCCGGAAUGGGCCACCACUAGUUCUGACGACAACCCUAUAAUACCCGGACGGGACUGGCUCGACCUCAUCAGCGAUGCUAACUCAUAUCUGACGAUUCAUUUUCUCUUCACGUACCUUUUCACCUUCCUGGCGUUGCGGUUCCUUUAUACGAACUACCGUCGCUUCAUUCGCUCACGUCAGCUGUUCUCCCUCGAACUGGUUCAUUCUAUUCCAGGAAGGACUGUCAUCGUGACUAGGCUGCCUAACCAUCUUCGGUCCGAGCGGGCUCUCGCUGAGUACUUUGAAAACAUGGGGCUUAGCGUUGAGAGCGUGACGGUCUGCAGAGAAGUUGGUACCCUGAAAACCCUUCUUGACCUUAGAACAAAAGCAUUGCUGAAGUUGGAGAGCGCAUGGACGAAUUACGUGGGAAAUCCAAGUGUGGUGGAAUCCUACGACCCGUCCGAGAACGUAAUUCCUCCCUUCUCGGAUAGAGAGCCGUCGCUACUAGAAAAUCAGCAGGGGCGUUUCGUCGUACCGCAUCGCCAGCGUCCGGUCAUAAGACCAGGAUGGUUCUCUAGAAAAGUUGAUGCACUUGAGUACCUCGAGACAAAAUUUACGGAGGCCGACGAGAAAGUCAAAAGGUGGCGCCGUAUCGGGAAAACGAAGGCAACGCAAGUUGCUUUUGUUACGUUCGAGAAGAUGUCCAGUGCACAAAUUGCUGUGCAAGUGGCUCAUUCAUGUGACCCAGGGGAAGUGGAAGCCAGCCCAGCCCCUGAACCGCGAGACAUUGUUUGGUCGAACAUCACUCAUACUCCAGGAAACCUCUUGGCUCGUGAGGUAUUUGUAAUCGGUUGUGUAUUAAUACUGCUAUUUUGUUGGAUAUUCCCGAUCACCGCGCUUGCGAGUCUGCUGAGUUACAAGGAGAUCAAAAAAGUGAUGCCUUGGCUUGGCAGACUCAUCGAUAGCAACGACAGGAUACGUGCCAUCGUACAGAAUUCAUUGCCGUCCGUCGCCAUGAUUACGCUGAACGCACUUCUACCUUUUAUUCUUGAAGCCUUGACGUAUAUUCAGGGGUACAGAGCACGAAGCUUGAUCGAAUACUCUCUGAUGCGAAAAUACUUCUUGUUCCUCCUCAUCAAUGUGGUGUUCAUCUUCCUCAUGGCGAGCACGUACUGGCAGUUGGUGCGUGAUCUGGCGCACUCGCCUGCAAAGAUCCCAGAAAAGCUAGCUACAGCACUUCAACAAGGAAGGGCAAAGCACUUUUUCCUUUCGUAUGUUAUACUUCAAGGCUUUGGUAUCAUGCCGCUCCAGUUGCUCAGUUUGGGGGUGAUAAUACCCCGGAUGUUCUUACGCAUGUUCAGGACCCGCACACCUCGAGAUUUCGCUGAAUUGAAUGCCCCUCCCAUGAUCAACUAUGGUGUCGUAUAUCCUCAAGCGAUUCUCGUUUUUGUUGUUACUAUCCUGUACAGCGUCGUCCAGCCCUUGAUCGUUAUCUUUGGUGCAAUCUAUUUUGGAAUGGCCUACAUCGUGUACAAGUACAAGUUGUUGUUUGUAUUUUAUAAGCCCUACGAAUCUCAGGGCCAAGCAUGGCCUCUUACGUUCGUCAGGCUCAUUUGGGGCAUACUCAUUUUCCAGACGUUUAUGAUUGGCAUCUUGACCUUGCGGAAAUGUUAUAUUAUGUCUUCUCUCCUUCUUCCGCUGCUUGCAGGUACUGCAAUCUGGUCCUGGUACAUCUAUGAAACCUUCAAGCCUCUCAGCAGCGCAGUGUGUCUCAGUUCUGUGUGUGAGGUGGAGCGGGGCGAAGAUUCGGCGGAUGUAGUGAGGUUGCGGGAGGGACAUCCAGUGACAUGGUCGCAAAGCAAUUUGAUGCGUCGGAGAUACGCACAGAACGACGACAUGCUCUAUGUUGCUCCAGAAGACGAACGGACUGAUUAUUCACAACCACCUAUGGCUAAUUGGUAUAAUGGCGUGUUGAACACCGGCAAACGAAGAUACGGACAUCCUGCUCUAACUGGUGUGCUUCCUGAGCCCUGGCUUCCAUUGAAGAAAGGGCAAACCCUUGUCAAUGGGCACCGUGCAGGAGCGUCAAGAGCGUCUCCAUAUGUCAACCAAGGCAUCGUUCUCAAUCUACGUAACCGUUACACCAUGCUAAGAGGGAAGAUUCGAGCAUCGCGGCAAUCUCGCCCCGCUACUGAUGGUACUCUUACCGAUAUGAGUGCCUCUGAGAACCAGGAUGGUGUUCGUCCUCCGGAUGCUGGACCUUCGAACCCAUGGGUGGGUACAAGGGCGCGAGGAUCUCAGUCGCAUAGCAGCCUCAAUCACCGCCUGAGCUUCGACCCUGCUUCGGGUGUUAUCAUGUUACCAGAAGAUGGCGAUUGGUUGAUAGACGACGACUCCGAUGAUGAUUACGGGACUAUGAGUCCGACGCCUGAUGCAGUCCACAGCCCGAAUAAUGCAUCUCAGGAGGAUUUGUUACCUACAAACGGUCAAUCACUAUCCACACCUCUUUCUUCGCCCAGCAAGCGGCGUCAUGGCACAUACUACCAUCACCCAGAACGUCGUCGUACAAUACCUGGAUCUUUUCCCUUGCCGACAUGA